GAAAUUUGUUCCCAAAGCAAGAAUGAUGAUGGUGUCCGUACACGGGUUAUCAUCACAAAAAACUGGAGUUACAGUACUGAAGAACAUUGUUGCACAUGCGUCUAUACGUAUACCAGCUCUGAAAAGCAGCUUAAACUUCACUCCGGAGAAUCUGAAAUACUUUCAUAAGACAGUUUGCAAUUCCAAGAACUUAAAGUAAGCAGAUACAUCCAGGACAAGCGGACAAAGAAAGCUCCUCAGCCGCAUGUUUUAGAGCAGCAGAUAUUUAUAUACCCAAGGAGUUCCCAUGCCCUGCUGUGUCAGAAGGUCCCUCACAGAUGCACAAGACAGAUGUGAUAUAAUUAUUCUGCUUCAUUAUGAGUAAUGACAACUUCCAAACACCAGAGACUUGCAGUACCCGUAUAGGGAAGGGAAGAAGACAUAAGGAUGAAGGGGAAACCCACAGCAAUGCUUCUCCCAGAAUGACCGACAGCCAGGCGGUUUGUUCCAGGCUGGACAUCUCAACAGCGCCCCAGCAGACGCACUCGGAUGACACGGAUGCCCACUCCAGCGGGAACGACUCGGCCGAGAGGGAGAGCGAUGGAAACAUGGGACGAGGCGCAUCCACCUGCAGCUCUCACAAUGGAAAGGGUUCAACCACAGAGACUACGGAAAGCAAGAGGUUUGCUUUGAAUUUCAUGUGCUCAAAUGGAAACAGUCCCUCUCCUCCUAGCAGCUCGGUUUCGUACAGUCUUUUGAGUGGCAGUUCGGAGCAGGAUCAGGCGACGUCCCAAACACACAACGGUGACCAACCUGCCCGACUAGAGACCCAGAGAGAGCUGCUGAAGGCCCUGCGCGAGCUAAAAAUCCGCAUGCCGACGGAAUGGCACAGGAAGGGGCGAUCAAGCACCCUAGCCUCCUUGCAAUACGCACUUACCUGUGUCAAACAAGUCCGAGCGAAUCAAGAGUACUACCAUCAGUGGAGUGUGGAAGAGAGUCACGGGUGUUGUCUGGACUUGUCGUCGUUUACCAUCGAAGAGCUAGACAACAUAACAUCAGAGUACACACUUCAAAACACGGACACGUUCUCAGUGGCAGUGUCGUUCCUCUCUGGUAAAGUGGUGUACAUCUCAUCCCAAGCGGCUUCUCUGCUCCGCUGUAAACCUGAGAGGCUGCAAGGGGCAGUUUUUUCAGAGCUGCUCGCGCCUCAGGACGUCAGUACGUUUUACAGCGGCACCGCUCCUUGUCAUCUACCGCCAUGGUCCUCCUGCGCAGGCACUACUUCACCGGUGGACUGUGCCGAGGAAAAGUCGAUGUUUUGUCGGAUCAGCAGAGGUAGGGACAGCGAUGGAGAAGUGAAGUAUCACCCCUUCCGUCUCACGCCAUAUCAGCUGACCCUGAGAGACUCCGACACGUCCCAACCCGAGCCCUGCUGCCUCCUUAUCGCAGAGAGAGUUCAUUCUGGCUACGAGGCGCCUCGCAUCCCAGCAGACAAGAGAAUAUUUACCACCAGUCACACCCCAAACUGUCUGUUCCAAGAGAUUGAUGAAAGGGCAGUGCCUUUAUUAGGUUACUUGCCUCAGGACUUGGUCGGGAAGCCCGUGCUUAUUUAUCUACAUCCAGAAGACAGACUUCUUAUGGUGGCCAUCCACAAAAAAAUUCUCCAGUUUGCAGGGCAGCCGUUCGACCACACGCCCCUGCGCAUGCGCGCACGAAGCGGGGAGUACUUGACCCUCGACACCAGCUGGUCAUCGUUCGUAAACCCAUGGAGCAGGAAGGUGGCAUUCAUAGUGGGACGUCACAAAGUUCGAACGAGUCCACUGAAUGAAGACGUGUUCACUGCCCUGGAUGGCGGGGAUGUGAGAACCAUGUCCCCAGAUGUGCCGCAGCUGAAUGAGCUGAUCCACAGGGUCCUGGUGCAGCCCGUUCAUGCCGGCAGCUCACAGGGGUAUGGCAGUCUGGGCAGCAGUGGCUCGCACGAGCACCAUCAAGGCACCACUUCGUCCUCUGAGAGUAACGGACAUGCUUCCGAGGACCAGAUCAAACCCAGAAAACCAAUGACGUUUGAGCAGAUUUGUCAAGACAUACACAUGGUAAAAGCCAAUGGACAGCAGGUCUUCAUUGAUUCCCGAAACCGGCCGCCAGCUCUCAAACCGAGUAGCUUAGAAGCACUGGCAAAUGUAGCAGAUACAGCAGAGGCCUCUGCUAGAGAAGGUCUGGCAAGUUUAGCUCUCUCCAGUCCACCCAGGAAGGAGCUUCCCAUCGUCUACUCAUACCAGCAGAUAAACUGUCUGGACAGCAUCAUAAGAUAUCUGGAGAGCUUUAAUGUCCCUGGCACAGUAAAAAGAAAGUGUGGUUCAUCUUCCUGCACAACGUCUUCUACCUCUGAGGAUGAUAAACAAAGGGAAGGAGCUGGAGCAACUGAAGACGUAACAGAGACUCAUGUGGUGACCGAGGGUUCAAAGGUUGUCCCAGCAGCGCCAGCGCACCCCCUAACCCCUCUGGCUCUGCACUGUAAGGCUGAAAGUGUUGUCUCGGCCACCUCCCAGUGUAGUUUUAGCAGCACCAUUGUUCACGUUGGUGACAAGAAGCCACCUGAAUCAGACAUUGUUAUGAUGGAGGAGCCACCAACCACCCCGACACCUUCCACACCAGCCCCACCCACCUCCGUCACCUCUCCUAUGCCCAUGAACCCCCAACAGGCCACGUCCUCCACUGCUGCUGUUCUUGAAAAGGAAAAGGAGAAGGAGAGAAGAGGUGGAGGCACUCCAGGGAAGGGCCUCACGAAGGCGGUGUUAUCUGCACAUACCCAGCAAGAAGAGCAAGCCUUCCUCAAUCGUUUCAAAGACAUCAGCCAUCUGCGGAUGGUCCAACCCAGCGGGUCACCACAGCGCAGACACACAUCAACACCUGGGACAAAAGGAGUGAACAGCUCCCAGAACUAUCCUUCUGUGGGCAACAGUAGCAGUCGUCGACAUGGUAGAGGCGGGAAAAGACGGAAACACCAAGUCGACGGCAACACACCGGACAGUCCCUGCCCCUCUGGAUCUAGCCCCUACAAAGGGUCCAAUCCUGCACCAAUAAGACCCAACCUCCCCCCAGUCCAGCAACCUUCCACUUCCUGGUCACCGUCUGCGGCAUCUCAAACUAGCGGUACUCCCAUGAUGACCUCCUUUCCCCCAGGCUACAUGCCUGUGUACCCCAUUUCAUCACCUUUCUCAAUGCCCCAGAUGGGAGCAGAUCCUUCCAUGCAAGCAGGAAUCCCUAGAUUCCCCAUGCAAGGCUUUCCUCCAGUGAUGCCACCAGUCAUGACCUUCAUGUUGCCAAACUAUAUGUUUCCACAACUCGGUAAUCAGGGACCACAGCUGAACCCAGCCAACCCACAGCUCUGUACCCAAAUGAACCCCUUGGGCCAGUUCCCUUCUUCUAUUGUUGGUUUACCGUCGUUCAAUCCCACAAUGGGACAGUUCAACCCAUUGGGCUCCCAGAUGAAUCCCGCCAUGCCUUCAAUGAUUCCCCAGCAAUUCUACAACCCAAAUCCCAUGUACACUUUUCCAAACUCUCCAUCAAUGCCAGUAGGAAACACCAAUGCUACACCACAUGGACAGUCUCGCUCCAGCACACCCCAGUCCACCGGCCAACAGGCUGGUGAGAGGGAAGGGGCCGGAUCUCCUUUGUUUCAAUCCCGAUGCUCCUCCCCACUCAAUCUUUUACAGCUUGAGGAAUUGCAAAGCAACAGAACAGACACUAUGCAACAGACUCCACCCCCAGGGGGUGUAGGAACACAAGGGACCGGGACUGUGGUGCAAAAUUCCAGCAAUCGCAGCAACACCAAAGAUGCCAAACUCAGUGACAGUCCUGAAGUCAACGAGUCCAACCAGGAUGCCAUGUCAACCUCCAGUGACAUGCUGGACCUACUGUUGCAAGAGGACUCCCGCUCUGGCACUGGGUCUGCCGCCUCAGGCUCUGGGUCAACAGGGUCAGGGUCAUUCGGAUCUGGAUCGAAUGGAUGUAGCACAUCAGGAAGUGGCACCAGGAGCAGCAAUACUAGCAAAUACUUUGGAAGCAUCGACUCAUCAGAGAAUGAUCACAAUCAUAAACCAGCAUCUAAAGAUCUGGGUGGGGAACAGUACAUAAAGUUUGUCCUGCAGGACCCCAUCUGGCUCCUCAUGGCGAACACAGAUGACAAAGUCAUGAUGACAUACCAGAUUCCUGUCAAAGACAGAGAAUCAGUACUGAAAGAAGACAGAGAUGCCCUAAAAGCUGUUCAGAAGCAUCAACCUCACUUUACUGAAGACCAGAAGAAAGAGUUAACUCAGGUCCACCCUUGGAUUCAAACCGGCUGCCUACCAAAGGCUAUCAAUGUCACAUGUUGCACAGGAUGUGAAUCUCCCCCAGAUUCCUCAGAUCUUACUCCAUUCGAUUUGGACUUUCAUGAGAUGGAUCUCAGCACGGUUUUGAGAGAAGAGGCCAAACAAGAAGAUAAACUUACCGCUCCUGAAACAGCCUUUCCUUUGAGCCCGCCUUCAUCUGAUAAUGAACAAAGAGACAAUCAGGCCAGCACAAGCAUGUAGAAGUGGGCCACGAAGGAGGUGGAAGUGAAUCAUCAGUGAAGGUGAAGCAGGACCACGGACUGCUGGACGGUGAUUGGUUGUGUUCCUGCCUUAAACUCUUAGGACCAAUUUGAAUUUUGAACCAAGUUGAAAGGGUGGAAGGAUUAUAAUUGCUAUCAGUGGCAUUAAUGAUGAAUCAUUUGUAGCUUUAUAGCUGAGUUAUAAAAGAAAGAAGGGAACAAAAAUCUUCCUUUUAUUUUCGUAGCUCAAAGGAGCAUGUGUUGAAUGUCAACCUACUGCACUUAGUGGAUGUUGUCGUUGUUGUUGCACUAUGUUCUGCUUCCAGGUUACUCACGAGUCUGCGUGGCAUUGUCUAUCCUAUGACGUGCACUUUUUCAUAAUUAUUCAUGACACCGUGUGACUUUUUCAUAUUACAGGUUUAUAGAAUUCUGGACGAAUGGACAAAGAAUUUACUGUUUGAUUUCACAUACGUUUGCCUUUUGUUCAGUACGGGUUUCCAGUCUGUGUCAGUUCUCGAACAAUUCCACGCGGUUCCCGGAAAUUGUUGAUGGGAAAAAUAGGUUCCAGUCUAAGCCUUAAAGCUUGCUGGUCUGUAACAAGGAACCCUGUGUUAGGGAAAUGUAGACGUCUUUGACAAUCUCAUUGAGCAUUGUAAUAAUGCUGGUUUCCUGUCCCUUGAUUUCCGUUUUACUUCUCAUGGUCGAGAACUGGGUCUGCAACCAGAACGCUAAGUAUUUUGGUGUAAAAUUUGAUAGGCCAGAAACAUUUUCUAGACAAAUUGCCAAACCUUGUCUGUGUACAUAUAUUUGUGUUACUGUGAAAGUAACUAACCUCAGUACUCAAUGGGGCGAGUUACCUUCAAAUGCCUGUUUUAUGUUGUGGUUUUGAAAUGCUGCCUUGAACAAUUAAUAUGCAGUGACAUUCAAAAUUAAGAUUGCACGCUAAAAGCGUUUGCGUUUAUGUUGCACUUAUGUUGCGUAUGUUUCGGUCAGCAUUACAAACCCCAUUUUUUUACUAUUAUUGAAACAUUUAUUUAUUUGUCCAUGUCGAAAAAAUUAGAUAUGGCUUAAAUAAAGAAUGUAUAAUAUGCAUUUUCAUGUGUGCACUUUUGAAUCACCGCACACAUUUUGAGCUUUUGAUACUAUUAAGUCCAUGAAAUGGAAAUAAUUGGCUGUCAGAGACUUUGUGACAGUGUUGUGACAGUUCAUUUGCCCUUAUUUUCAAGAGCGAUACAAUAUCUUAAAAGCCUCCCGAAAGAGCUUGACGUUCCUUUUGUUUCAUUGUAUUGAAGCAAAAGGAUACACUUUCUAGCAUCUUGUUUAGUUCCACAACAAAUGCAGGAUUGCAUUACUUAUAGACCUAAUUUAAGGUUUACAAAACAAGACAUCUGUUUCCCUUCCCUGUUGCCCUCAGAAUUUUUUGCGAGGGUUUUUCAAAAGCUUUUCUGUGAAAGCAGAGAGGCCCAAUCAGUUUACAUGCAGUACUGUUCUGUUUUGCCUCUGUUGAAUGUGCACGAAUUGUAAAUUGAUUUUGUACAUUUGCUAGACCUUAAUUCAGUCAUUUUUACUUAAACAUGCUUGUAAAAUUUAUUUUUUUGCUUUGAACCUAAAUAAAUAUGUUUUUAAUAAAC